GGACCUACUGGAGAGUUGUUGCAACGAGAAGAAGAAAAAAAAAAUGCCAACCAAUGGAAUACACCAGAUUUUGAAGAUCCAGUUCGGCCUGAUCAAUUGCGAUAACAGGUAUUUGACAGCCGAAGCCUUUGGCUUCAAAGUCUAUGCCUCAGCUCCGAGCCUAAAAAAGAAGCAGAUCUGGACCUUGGAGCAAGAUGAGGUAGACAGCUCGGUGGUCUACCUCAAGAGCCACCAUCUUGGCAGAUACUUAUCGGCCGACAAAGAUGGAAACGUGUCGUGCGAGGCUGAGAAGCCAGAAGUAGCUUCGCGUUUCACCAUCUCUGCUCAGUCGGAUGGCAGGUGGGCCCUACAGUCAGAUAUACACAAGCGGUUCUUUGGCGGCUCGGAAGACAAGCUGUCCUGUUUUGCGCAGACCAUCACAGAGACGGAGCUCUGGGCUGUGCAUUUGGCCAUCCAUCCUCAAGCUAACCUUCUUAGUGUGAGCAGGAGGAGGUAUGCCCACCUGAGCCCUCAAGAGGAUGAGAUCUCCACAGACAGCAACAUACCGUGGGGGGUGCACUCCCUUAUCACCCUGGUGUAUCAGGACAAAAAAUACUGUUUGAAGACUUGUGAUAACCGCUACCUGCGCAACGACGGGAAGUUGGUCAAAGACCCCGAAAAAGGCACCGCCUACACUCUUGAGUUCAAGGCCGGGAAGCUGGCCUUCAAAGAUUGCACUGGGAAGUAUUUGACACCGAUGGGACCUACAGGCACGCUAAAAGCUGGGCGGAGCUCCAAGCCUGGCAAAGAUGAACUCUUUGAUCUUGAGGAGAGUCACCCUCAAGUUGUCUUCAUGGCAUUCAACAAAAGAUAUAUCUCUAUCAGGCAAGGUAUAAAUGUCUCUGCCAACCAAGACGAGGAGACGGACUUUGAAACCUUCCAGAUGCAGAUCAAUAGAGAGACCAAAAAGUGCAGCUUCCACACCAACUCGGGCAAGUACUGGACUCUGGUGGCUCACGGCGGUAUAAGUAAAUUACUUUUCUUUUCUUCAGCCAGCACAAUGUUCGAGAUUGAAUGGAGAGGCCGGAAGGUGGCUCUGAAGGCCGGCAAUGGGAAGUAUAUUUGCACCAAGAAGAACGGGCAGCUGGCAGCCGUGUCUGACUCCGUCGGGGAGGACGAGGAAUUCACGCUGAAGCUGAUCAACCGGCCGAUACUGGUGCUGCGCGGGGACCUGGGCUUCGUCUGCUACCAUAAAACCUCCAACACGCUGGACGCAAACCGCUCGGGCUAUGUGGAACCUCUUUCUCUCUCCUGUUUCCGUAAUCAUUUGGUUUCUGUUACAGGUCAGGGCGGGAAGUUCUGGUACACAUCCAGCAACGGCACAGUCUGCACGGACGGCGACAUGUCCGAAGAUUUCUUCUUCGAGUUCCGGGAGUACAACCGCGUGGCCAUCAAGGGUAAAAACGGCAAAUAUCUACGCGGAGACCAGGCGGGCACACUGAGGGCCGACGCUGAGACGGCGAAUGCCGCUACCCUAUGGGAGUACUGACUGACCCCCCCUUCCAGUACAGCUUAGCUAGAGAGGACAUUAGAUGAUUUGCUCGGAGGG